AUGCGCCGUCAUCAGCAAAAUACAUCAAAAUCAUCAUCGAUGUCACCACAACACACGCAUACAACAAAUAUCAAAACAUUGAAUCUAUCCAUCACACCGAACAUCAUGAAUAACGAGACGUUUACCAAACUUUCAAAGAAAAACCAUCCCGAAUGUAGCAAAAAUUGCGGAAAUAAUAUUUUUCGCAAAAAGAAGUACAAUAAUUUGUUAGAUGAGCAGAAAGCCAAAGUAACGGUAUCAUCAUUGUUACAGCCAACGUCACCAACAACCGUUUCGCAAACUCCAUGCUGCUGUUCGGCAUUAGAAGAAACUUUAGGCAAGACACAAAAUACGAAUACAAAUAGGCGAUCAACACCUAACAAGAAGACAACACCAACAAAAACAAUGGGCAAAGAGAAGAAAUCAAUAACGACAGAGAAUAUUGUUGGCUUGGCCAUGGCAACAAAAUGUUCGUUAGAAAAUUUGGAUAAUUCGAUCUCGCUUAAAUCAGAUAAUGACGUGAAUGCACAAGCAACAACACAACCGCUAGAAAAACAAAAACAGACUGCUACAACAAGAAGGGAGGAGAAAACGCACAGCAAAAGCAACAAUUUGAUUAAGAAAGCAAUGGUGGUUGAAAAAUUGAAAAGCACUAAUAGUGUAAUCACACGAAAAUUAUUUUCAAACAAAAAGGCAGGCGCUGGUGCCACUGAUGCCACUGGUGCUGGAGGAGCACAAAAUAGUAGCGCUGAGCAGUAUAAAGAUAUGCAGAAGAGUAAUGAUUCAACAGACUUAGAUAUGGACAAACAAAAGAUAACAUUGACAACUACAGAAAUUAGAGAAACAACAACAACUUCAACAGCUGCUAACAACGCUACAACAUUGCAAAAUGACGAUGAAAUCGUUCAAGAGGAUAAUGAGAGCAUGAUCAGCUCGCUGCUACGUACAACAACGCUUUAA